UACGCGCGCCUUCGGGUGAGCGUGCGCGCUUCCAAGUGCGUGCGUCACCAGCGCUGGCUCUCGAGGGCCGGGCGGCUGACGAUUGGUCUUACGGAGCAGGAACGGCGGUGGCGAGGAGAGGAGCGAACAGGUGGGGGCGCGGUACGCGGACGGAACUCUCCCACCCCGAGAAGCCGGGAAGGCACGCGACUCGACCCCUACUCAUCUGACCGGGAACCCCCCUCCAUUGUCCUCUGGCUCCGCCCCCGAUUGGGCACGCCCUUUGCGCCAUCCUCCGCCUCUUAUUGGCUAGGGGUCACGCCCUUCCUCCAUCUCUCCGUCCCCAUUGGCUCCUCUGCCACGUUACCCUCUCCCAGAGGUUUUUUAUUGGCGCAGGCCACACCCUCUCAUUUGUCACUGGACUCCGCCUUAUGUCUGGGCUCCUCCCCAGCCAUCUUUCAUUCAUUCUGCCUGUAGUGCUAGGUGCUUGGGACAUGGGGGUCAAUAAGACCCAUUCCUGCCCUCAGGGAGUUAAGGGGAAGGUGGGGGGACACAGACCUAGGCUCCGACGGUGACAACUUAGGGUGGUAAAGAAGCCGCCUAGACACUGGGAGCCUCCAAGACUCCAGGAAGCCUUCCCGGAGGAGAAGUCGACAGUGUGGGGAGUUGGAGUGACUCGGCUGGAUGUGACCCCCAAGACAGAAUGGUGCUGGACUCAGGGGCUCAGGUGUAUGAGCAGGCACCCCCCAGCCCACCAGCCAGUCCCUCAUCCUUGUGCCAUAGGCUGAAGCCCUCAGACCGAGAUGGGACACUGCUGUACCCCUGGCCUCGCUCCCUGGCCUUGCCCCUGGCUCUGUCAGUCCCCUCAGCCCUACGGCUCCGGCCUGAGCUGCAGCCCUUGUCAGAGCUGCACUUAAGCCACCCUGGCCACAUGCAUCGCAGUGAGAGCACCUAUACUGUAAAUAGUACUGGCCGGCGGGGGAGUGGCACCCAGGGUCGGGCCCCACCUGGACGGGGCCGAGACCCAGGUGGGGGCACCCUGAGGUCUGCAGCCUCCCUUCCUCAUAUUGCUAAGAGUCGAAAGGAUGCAGGCCAUGGUGCCAGCAAGAGCCCUUGCAUGUUGGUGGCCUUGCGGCCAACUAACAUGGACCGUGAACGGGACAAGUUCUUCCAGUCCCACUACACCUACAACCCACAGUUUGAAUACCAGGAGCCCAUGCCCACAACUGUGCUGGAGAAGUACCGUGAGGCUUCUGGACAGUUCAUCCAUCAGGCAGUUGGCAUCAUUGAGGCUGUCCUGGAGAAGUUUGGUACCUAUGAACACUUUGAAGCUACAACUGGGGGCCAGCUGCUGACCAAGUGCCAGAUCUGGUCCAUCGUGCGCAAAUACAUGCAGAAGGAGGGCUGCGUUGGGGAGGUUGUCGUGCAGCUGAGUGAGAACCUACUGUCCCAGGCAGUGAUGAUGGUGGAGAACAGCCGACCAACAUUGGCCAUCAACCUGACCGGAGCCCGCCAGUAUUGGUUGGAGGGCAUGCUGCGGCACGAGAUAGGCACUCACUACCUUCGGGGAGUGAACAACGCCCGCCAGCCAUGGCACAGCACAGAGGGCCGGCUGCAGUAUGGUCUGCGGCCAGCGAACCCCACGGAGGAGGGUUUGGCCAGCCUGCACAGCGUGCUGUUCCGCAAGCAGCCCUUUCUGUGGCGUGCCGCUCUGCUCUACUACACCAUCCACCGUGCCUCACGCAUGUCCUUCCGCCAGCUCUUCCAGGACCUGGCGCGCUACGUACAGGAUGCUGAUGUGCGCUGGGAGUACUGCGUGCGAGCCAAGCGCGGGCAGACUGACACCUCGCUGCCUGGCUGCUUCAGCAAGGAUCAGGUGUACCUGGAUGGCAUCGUGCGCAUUCUGAGGCACCGCCAGACCAUCGAUUUCCCACUGCUGACUUCACUCGGCAAGGUGUCCUAUGAGGAUGUAGACCACCUGCGGCCCCAUGGGGUGCUAGACAACACCCGGGUGCCCCACUUCAUGCGGGACUUGGCACGCUACCGGCAGCAGCUGGAACACAUCAUGGCCACCAACCGGCUGGACGAGGCAGAGCUGGGCCGCCUGUUGCCGGACUGAUGUUUGUUAAGGACUAUAGGCAGAGGUCCUGGACAGAGGGCUCCAGAUCAGCCCCCUGAACACGAAGCUGGCUGCUCUUUGCUUCCACGGCUUAGGUGUUUCUUGGGGAACUGGGAGGGCAGGAGCAUCCCAGGAGGUAGGAGUGGCAUCAGAGGGUUUGUGUCCCUUGCUAGCCUUGCUGGGGUCUAAGGACCAGCAGUAGCAUGUCAGGCAAACUGAGUCUGCCCUCCUACCUCUGGCUCUCUCUUGAGCAGAAGGGAAGCUCGAGGGCAGGAGGGAAGCUGAGCAUGAUGGGGAUAGGGGGUGGUUUGGGAGUAGAAACUUGUUCUUGCAUGAGAUGGCUUUGGGUGUCUGCAUACUCCAGUCCCUCCCUUCCCCCACCUGGCCCGUUGGUGCUCCUUCAGCUUUCACGCUGUCUACCUCUCACUGGGUCCUGGUGGGGACCUCUCUUCUCCUGGGAUGACUGCCUCAGCCCAAGGACCUGGCUUUCACACAGACUCAAAGGGCAGGGAUCCUGGUGGUAGAGACCCAGCCGGGCUGGGUUGUGCUUUCCAGCAUUUUGCGUCUCCCACUGGUCAUGUAUUUAUUCCCUAUUUAUGUGCUCUGCAUCCUGGGUCCUGGAAGGCAGCAGCUUCUGAAGGUUUGGUGGAGGGAACAGAGCUCCUCUGGAAGGCACCACUGUUCCUAGCCCCACUCUCCUCUGCCCCUGCCCCCACCACACACACAGUCCUUCAGGCCUUGUGAGUCAAGCCCAAGAGCUGACCUGGCCCUGCCCCUACCCCCUUCAUUGGCCUGUGCUCUUCCUGUCUUUGCCCAUACUCUCACAGCUGGUUUCUGGCAGAGGGUGGCAUUGCCUGGCAGCAGUCACACUCAAGCCUGAAGGUCAAGCCCCUAGCUAUUGUCCUAAGUCUGAGUCCCUCCUGGACCAGGAGAGGUGUAGAGGUGGUUGUUGCUUCCACUUUCACCUCUGACUCAACUAUGUGACAUUGACCCAUUCUUACUCCCACCCUUGCCCUGGGAUUUCCCAUCUGUAAAACUCAGAAAUGCAGUUGGAAAGUCCUUACUCAUUUAGUCAGUGAAUAUGUGUAGAUCACUUUCUGUGUGCCAGUUACUGGUCAGAACCCUCACAGAGUUCCCAGUCCAGAGAGAAGCCAGACAAUUAAAACAAUUACAAUGA